AUGAAACUUGUUAUACAAAGAGUCAAAUCAGCCUCUGUCACAGUUGAUGACAAGCUAAUAUCAUCAAUUGGCAAAGGACUCCUGGUGUUUGCAGGAGUGGGCAAGGAGGAUUCAGAGAAAGAAGCCGAGAAAUUGGUGAAUAAAGUACUGAAGGCAAAGUUCUGGCCUGAUGAGAAUGAAGGACAGUGGAAAAGGAAUGUCCAGGAUAUCGAGGGAGAGGUAUUAUGUGUGUCUCAAUUCACGCUCUACGGCAGCAUGAAAAAGGGAAAUAAGCCAGAUUUCCAUGAGGCUGCAAGUCCAGACUCAGCACGCAAGAUUUACGACUACUUCUACAACAAGAUGGCUAGCUCAUAUGUGCCUGAACGAGUCAAGAAUGGAGUAUUCCAGGCUAUGAUGGAUGUGGAGCUCAAGAAUGAUGGACCGGUGGGUGUAAACUUCCGCAGUGAAGAUGCGGUGGUCACCAUUGAGAUCAGUACCAAUCCUCCUCCAAAAAAGGAACCCAAGGAAGCAAAAGAAGGGAAGAAUGAGGAGCGAUCCCGUGUCUUCUUUGACGUUCAGAUUGGCGACCAAAAGCCCAGUCGCGUAGUCUUUGAAUUGUUUGGCGAUGUCGUCCCCAAGACUGCGGACAACUUCCGAGCUUUGUGUACCGGCGAGAAAGGCAUCGGCCAGCAGGGAAAGCUCUUGACCUACAAAGGUUCAAUCUUCCACCGCGUCAUCAAGCAGUUUAUGAUCCAGGGUGGCGAUUUUACCGCUUUCAACGGUACUGGUGGUGAAUCAAUCUACGGCGAAAAAUUCCCGGAUGAGAACUUCGACCUAAAGCAUGAUCGUCCCUUCUUACUCUCCAUGGCCAACUCCGGCCCCGGCACCAAUGGAAGUCAAUUCUUUAUUACCACCGUCCCUACCCCUCAUCUCGACGGUAAGCACGUCGUCUUCGGAGAGGUGAUUAAUGGCAAGAGCACUGUGCGCCGGGUCGAGAACGUUCAUACCAACUCCGACAAGCCCAAUGUUGACAUCACUGUCGUGGACUGUGGCGAGCUGGAGGGUGAAGACUACGAAAAUGCUCUCAAGCGCGUGCCUGACGCCACUGGCGACCCGUACGAGGACUUCCCCGAAGACUUCCAGGGCGAGGAACUUACUGCACCGCUCGCCUUCAAGAUCGCAUCCGACCUUAAAGGCUUUGGAAACACCGCCUUUAAGUCUGGCGACUGCGAAAUGGGUCUAGAAAAGUACCAAAAGGGCUUGCGCUAUCUCAAUGAGUUCCCUGAGCCGGCCGAGGGCGACCCCAAGGAGUUGGGAGAGCAAAUGAAGGCUGUCCGGUUUGCGCUGCAUUCCAACUCCUCCCUGAUGGCCCAGAAGCUGUCUCAAUGGCGUAAUGCCCAAAACUGGGCUACUUACGCUAUUGAGACUGCUGAUGCGGCCAAGGCCAAGGAUGCUGACCGGGCCAAAGCAUACUUCCGCCGUGCUCGUGCCUACUUGGGUCAGAAGGAGGAGGACAAGGCUAUCAAAGACCUCGAAGUGGCCUCAAAGCUGGCACCCGGGGAUGCCGGUAUCAUCAAGGAAAUUUCCGAAGUGAACAAGAUUGUGAAGGCUCGCGAUGCCAAGGACAGAGCUGCCGCUCAGAAAUUCUUUGCUUAA